UGAAACCCUCACUAUGAACUUCUUUGAUGCAUACGAUAUAUCUGGGACCGCAACCGCUCCAGCGGCCGCCCAACCCACGCAGAGUCUGAACGAGGAGGUCUCGGAGGUCGUCGGGCAGCUCAGUCGAUUCUGGGGUGGCUUCCGGAAACAAAGCCAGACUGCCUUCGAGGCGGCGAAGAAGGACCUCGGGACGGUCGUGCAGCAAGCCCAGAAGGAGCUCACGAAACUCACUGCUGAAGCUCCUUCUACACCUCCGGAGCCCAGUGCGUCCGCGACAGAACAAGCAGCAUCUGUGCCCGUCGACGCAGCAGAUGCAGUAUCUACCUCAUCCUCCGCAUCCUCAACCUCCACCGAGACUACCGACAAAGCCGCGCCUGAAUCUUCCCCAUCACAACCGGCGCAGCCCCAGACGAUCUUCGCUCGGCUGCAGGCUUCGCUGCCCCCCGCACUGGCUAACGUUCAGAGCCAGCUUCCGGAGACGUUGAAGGAGACGUUGAAGCAUGCGCGGGUCGGCAGUGCGAAUCUGACAGCGCUGGACUUCGCACAGCUGCGCAGUACCAUCGCAUCCGAGCUACAGAAGGUCCAGGGCGCAACUGAGGAGUACGUCCACCGGAGCGAAGACUUCCUGCGCGAGGCUGGUGAGUUCCUCAAAGAAGCGGUGAAGGUCGUCCCGCCGGAGGAAGGCGAUUCCGUCUACCCUGGCUUGAUCUGGGACGGCACGGAUGUAUGGAUGCUGCCCACGACGAGCGGCGCGGCGUCGCCCUCGCCCGCGGCUGGUAGUAGCAAGGGGAAGGGCAAGGAAAGAGAGGCGUCGGGCAGUUCUGGGAGGCCAUCGGUGGAUACGCUGCGGUCGGUAGCGACUCGCGCGGAGUCUAUGCUCAAGCAGCUACGGCACGACCCGGAGGUCAUCAAGGCUGAUCCUAAGGAUGACGGGAACGUGCGCGAUGUGUACAGCAACUGGCUAGCAAGCGAGGCGGCUUCCGAGGACCGCGGGCUGGGUACGACGGCAUGGCAGAACAAGGUCGAACGUGCCCUAGCAGAUCCGGUGGACGGCGCCGCAUUGAAGGCGACGAUGGACACGCUAGUACCGGAGACUCUGACAUACGAUGAAUUCUGGACGCGCUAUUUCUUCCGCGUGCACCAGGUCGAGCGCGAAGAAGCGCGUAGGAAGGCCAUCAUCCAAGGCACUACUGAUAACGAAGACGAUUUUAGCUGGGAGGAUGAUGAUGAGGAAAGCGCGUCCCCGACCACGAAACUCCCAGCAACGCCGUCCGCACCCCGACUCGAUGAAUCGCCGGUACAUCUUAGCGGGUCUACUGCGGAACCGAAGUCUCGCGUCUCCACUCCGGUAAAUGUCAGUCCGAGGCAGAGCAGCGAGGACAGCUACGAUGUCGUCUCACAGGUGAGCAACGGCGGCGCUAAGGAGGUCAACACCGCCAAGUCAAAGGGAGCCGAGAAGAGUGGCAAUGUAGACGAUGACGACGAUGAUGAUGAAGAGGACGAUGAAGACGAUGAGGACGAAGACGAGGAUGAGGAUGAAGAGGGAGAGGAAGAGGACAGUGACUGGGAGUGAUCCGCAGAUACGUACGCUGCACAGGCUUGCGUACUCUUGCAGCUAUUGUGUACGAUACACGGUGUAUUUGUUGUGUAU